AAUAGCGUGGAUUGUAACAUUAGUCUUAUCGAGUUUCUGCUCUCACGAGGCGCUCCAGCAAACACGACCGAUAUCAACAACAUGACUCCACUGCAUUACUGCGUCAAGCACGGCCACAAAUCUACAAUAGGAUUGCUUCUUGACAAUGGUCUGUCCAUUAAUGUCGGUGUCCAUCGAAAGUCGUGGUCUUGGAAUAAUGUGAAGACCGACACCUUUUACCAAUCAUCGGUUUCGGAGUCCGAGCCCGACAUUCCGGGCACUUCAGCUGGCCUAACACCUUUACACUUUGCGGCCCUAACUGGCAAUUUAGUCAUGACUAAGUUCCUUCUGGAGCGUGGCGCUGAUCCGAACGCUUUGUCCAGAUACAACGAGUCCCCGAUGCAUCUCACGUUGCGUAAAGCCCUGCAUGGACCAAAGCAUGACGACGAUUGGACCAACCCGGACUUCAGGAUAGAAACCAUGUGGGGCUUCGUGGAAUUUGAAGAAGAAGACGAAUUUGAUUCAAUUUCUGCAAGCAUAACAAUGGAUCGCGAAGGUGUGCUUGAUGCUCUACUCGCAGAUGCUAGGACCAGUCUGACGAUCGGGGACUGUCAACAUAACCACCCUUUACACUGUGUUGAGUAUAGUCAACGUGGAAGUGGAAGUGUGUCUAUGAUUCAGAAACUAGUAUCUAGAGGAGCAGAUCCGUCCAAAAGGAACUCGAAGCAGCAAAACGCACUGCACCUUGCCAGUCGAGCUGGCGACCACGACGCGGUUGCUGUUCUAAUUUCGCUGGGAGUUGACCCCGCCUUAACGGACAAUGAGGGGCUCAAUGCUCUUCACUACGCUGCACGAAGUGGUGACCAUGAAACAAUCACUGUUCUUCUAGAAGCAACUGUGGCAACAAGACCAAACCUAGUGGCGUUGAAGGAUAAUCGGGGUAGAAACCCACUCCACCACCUGCUUACUACGAAUCGGGUAGUUCAGCAUGAGACGAUCCAGUUGCUGCUCGACAAGGGGGCAGAUGGUUCAGAGUUAGACGCAUCCGGCAACUCACCGUUGGCGAGCUACUUCAAAAAACCAUGCCGGGGUGUAGUCAAUGUCAAAACAUGUCAACAAUUGCUUUCGGUCGAAGGAAGCUCUUUGUUUGUUGACAAGAUAGGACAAACCCUAGGACACCUAUGCACUUUACCUUGGAAAUGCAGCGUUCAAGUUCUAGAGAUGCUGAAGGAACACGGUGUCGAUCUAACACAGAAAGAUUUGGAAAGCAAGACAAUAUUGCACCGUUCUGCGAUUCAAGGGACUAUUGCAAAAGAAUCUUUGCAUUAUCUUCUCUAUGUUGUCGGCGUCGAGAUAGAUGCAAAGGACGCGUCUGGAAAAACAGCGCUGCAGUAUGCAGCAGACCAAGCACGGAAAGCUCAUCAUCCAGACAUCUUCGAUCGUGGACGCUGGGAUAGAAGUAUGAAGCUGUUG